GGAGGUUUGUGUGUGUGUAUGUCUCCACACCUUAGCUGUCUUCACCCUGUAAUUUCUGAUCUCUGUCAAAGUCUUGUUUCCUAUUAUUUCAUCCUCUUGUGUUGAUAAUGUGUAAAACACCCAGCCUGACCAGUUUUCAAUCAGGAUAGGAUUCACUUACUUUGGAGGUGGGACAUUGGGAGGAGCAGCAGAUGAUCACAGCUUGACCUUUGGUGGAUUUUUCCAUUAAUACCAGCGUUUUACUGAAAUCUACACUAUGGACUUUGUCUCUCAGAACCUGCAAGAUCAGAUCUCAGAGCUGCUGAAGCCCCACAGAGUCUGCCUGGUGACGCCUGUUGUUCUAAACUCCAGCCAGUCAUGUGGGAGAUCGGCCAGCAGGUUUGUGGUACUGAGCCUGUGGAGAGGUUACCUGGUCAUAAACAAACAGCCUGUCAGGGUGGAGAGCACUUUCAGCUACCUGGAGAUUUGUUCCAUCAACAUUCACAGUCUCACAGAGGUUGUGUUGGAGACGGACAGGCAGACUCUGUCCUUCAGUUUAUUGAAAGCUGAGGAUCUUGAGGCCAUGGUCAGUCACAUGACCGCCUCACUGAAGAGGAUCUUCCCUGAUUCCUCUCCAGGAAAGCUGCUAAAGAUGAUUCCUCCAGAGCUCCAGCAGAGACUCCUCACACUGACCGCUGCGAUAGAAGAGCAGCUGAACAGUCAGCCUGGCUCCUGUGGAGGAUUCUCUGAUACCUACGCUGCUCUGUGUGAUUUCAAGGAGAUGCCAUUUAGAGAGGAGAUUCAGUGGGAUGUCGACAACAUCUACUACAUGAACGACUGGAGACAGUUCAACUUGCAGGACUUCAGCCACUUAGACAGCAGGGACCUGGCGUUAGCAGUAGCAGCUCUGUCUUUCAACCAGUGGUUCACCAAGAUCUGCUGCAAAGAGCUCAAACUGUCCCUGGACGUCCAGCAGCAGCUGACCUUCCUGCUGUCCAGGUCUCCCGGCUUGGAGGAGCUCUCGCUGGAGGCCAGUGGACUCAAGCUGGACUUUGCGAUUAAAAUGGCAGCUGCCCUACGGGAGCACACCUCCUCUACCCUGCAAUCCAUCAACCUCUCAGGAAAUCCAAUCGAAGACAAAGGUGUAGUAGCUCUCAGUCAGGAGUUAGGGAAUCUAGCUGAAGGACUCAAGCACCUUUCUCUGUCGCGGGUAUCAAUGACUGCUAGAGGUCUCGGCUGUCUGAGUCAGGUGUUAUCCUCCACUCAGCUGUUCUCAGCGUCUCUGACCCACCUGGAUCUGUCCGGUAACCCCGGCAGCCUGGGUACUGAAGAGGCCACGUUUCUCUUCAAGUUCUUGUCCAGUACUAACUCUCUGUCUCAUCUGGACCUCAGUGACACCAGCUGCCCUCUGGACACGUUAUUUGUGUCCCUGUCUGCUGGAUGUUGCUACAGACUCAUGCACUUGAACCUGGCCAGGAAUCCUUUCAGCCACAGAAAGGUGCGGGAGGUGACCAGGAGCAUUCGAGAGUUCUUCAGUCAGAGCUGCGAGCUGAAAUAUGUGGGCCUGUCUGCAACCAAGCUACCUCCACAAGCUCUCAGGUUAUUACUACAGGGACUGGCGACCAACACUCGUCUCUUCGCACUCGAGUUGGACCUCAGUAGCUGUGAGCUACGUUCAGCAGGGGCCCAGGUGAUACAGGAGCACAUUUCUGAAGCUACAGCUAUCAGAAGUCUGGAUAUCUCUGACAACGGUUUCGAGAAUGACAUGGUGACUCUGGUUCUGUCGGUCGGUCGGUGUCACUCCCUUCGGCACCUCGCGCUGGGGAGGAACUUUGCCAUGAAGUCAAGAGCUCUCACUGACGUUCUUCAUCGUAUAGCUCAGCUCAUUCAGGAUGAAGAGUGUCCCUUGCAGUCUCUAUCAGUGUGUGACUCCAAGCUGAAGGCAGGGAUGCACAUCCUGCUGAGCGCUCUGGGCGGUCACGCUGCUCUGGCUGAAGUGGACAUCAGUGGAAACAACAUUGGAGACACUGGAGCCAAAAUGCUGGCUAAAGCUCUGAUGAGCAACACCAGACUGAGGACUCUGUCAUGGGACAGAAACAAUGUAACUGCCAGAGGUUUCCAGGAUGUGGCUGACGCCUUGGAGAGGAACUUCACUCUGCAGCAGGUGUCUCUCCCCCUGGCUGAUAUCACACAGAGUUACCGCAGCAACCCUGACAGGACAAAAGAGGCUCUGCACAAGAUCCAACAGUGUUUAGACAGAAACAACCAGACGCAGUCUGACAGAGUGGAACUUCAGCAAGUGUUCAGAGCUCAACAAUCUGAGAAGCUGGUGCGGGGCAUGUGUCGGCAGCUGGAGGACAGCCUUCAACGUUUAAACCACUGCAGCGUUCAGGAACUCCAGGCCGACAUCCUGGCAGCACACGAGGUGCUGCACAACGCCAGGGAGUCCUUUAAGCUGCUUCCCUCCCUGUACGAGGCCGGCAGGAAGUGUGCCUCCGAUGGGGACGUGGUGAACUGCAUCCUCGCCGACACCGCCGCUGCGCUGAGUGAUGAGUUCAACAGAAGCAUACAGGAGCUGGCUCAAGGCCUGAUGAGGGGCGCGGAGGCCGCAUGUCCACGGGUGGUCCAGCGGUCUAGUGUGUGCGAGUGUCUGUCAGAGUGUGUGUCCAAAAGGAGCAGACAGACACACUCGUUCCUGAGAGGCACUCUGGUGGAGAACACAGGGCAGAUCAUCAGCAACAGACUGCGUGAAAUGAGGCAAACACUGAGUGUCUCUCUGGCUGAAAGCAUCAUAGAACAGGUACUGCAGGAUCUGACGAGGGCACAGGACAAAAUGGAUUGCCUUAUAAAAGAAAAUUCAUGCCUUGCUCUGAAAGUCAGCAUCCCAGAGCUCCGACUGGCAGGCAGCAACUUCCCAACUGAUGACUACAGUCCAGCAUUUUGGAGAAACAGUUUCCACUCCAAGAGCAUGAGGCCUGCCUCUUCAAUUAAGAGUCUCCUGGAUGCAGACUGGGAACAGCAGACCAGGGACAGAGGAGCGGAGAGAGAGAGGGGAGGAGGUGCUGGAGAGGACGGAGGAGGAGGAGGGAGGUGUGGCCUCCCUCAGUUGCCGAUAGCAACCCCCCUGUCAGUCAAGGCCUCAAGCCCCUCCCCUUCCACUUCCCCGACCCCCUCCCCCCCGGGACGGAGGGGGAGGAGGCGGAGGGAGGGGGAGGUGGCGGCAGUGGAUGCUGCAGCAGCAAUAUCAGGAGCGAGAGGAGCAUCGUUCAUUCCUCUUCCCAGUCUCCCUCUCCUUUCCUCCAUCUCCGCUCGAGUUCCGGAGGAGGAGGCUGCCGGCCGCGGAGGCUUACCGAGACGAGAGGCUCCCUUCCCCGGCUGCGGCACCAGCCCAGGCCCCCUCCCCGGCUCUGGAUCCCCCGCUUCUCUCAUGGAGCCUCUACCCACCCAGGGACAGACUCUUAGGCACUACACUGCCUCCCGACCACGGCCGCGACGCACACACACACAGCCCCCCUCAUCAAGGCCUCAGGAGCCAGUUUCAAAGGUAGAAAAUGAGGCCAGCGAGGGGAUGGGCAGAGUGGAUGAAGGAGUAGAGGAGUUCUUCACAAAGAAAAUCAUCCCUGACUAUGCACUAAAAGGCCGGUGGGAGGAGUCAAACCCUGCCCAAGCCACUCCCUCAGAGUCAAGCACCACCCCCUCAGCCUCAACCCCCUUUUCCUCUUCGUCUGACAAUAUCACCUCCUCUACCACCACCACCGUCAUCUCUCCCUCUAUCCCAUCUACUGACACAUCCUUUACAUCCACUGAUGCACCACCCUUCUCUACAUCCUCCACUCCCCCUGCCCUCUCUUCUGUCACCACCACCACCACCACCACCACACUUCCCACCAAAAACAUCAAGAAAAAGUUUGGCGACUUCUUUGCCUUCAAGAGGGCUCGAGCCAGCCGAGCCACCAAGGCAGGAGGGGGAGAGGGAGGAGGAGAGGGGGUGAAGGUCAAAAGGACCUCCAUUGCAGACCUCAUUCGACCCCUCCGCGAGGCCAAAGAAAGGGAGAGAGAGAGGGAGAGGGACAAGGAGAGAGAGAAGGGGAGAGGGGCAAGGUCAGUGGAGGAUGCUAACGUUUCUAAUGAUGCCACCACCACAGAAGGAACCGUUGCCACCAGCCACCAACUUGCAGGCGAUGCGAGGGGAACGAUGGCGCCUGCCAAUACAUUAACCACGAUGACGCCUCCCAGUGAGACCACUCCCUCUUACCCCACCAUCGCCACAAGCCCUGACCUCACCACUGCUACGCUCUCUAACCUGGAAGAAGAGGCGGUUCCUGUCUUGCCAGGUCGCAUCCCCAGUCCCGUGGUCACUUCCCCUCUAACUGAGCAGGAGAGGAGCGGUAUGCUGAUGAAGGAGAUGAAGUUGGGAGGGACUCCAUAUGGAGAGAGGAGACUGAAGGUGACGAAGAGAUCUCUGAGGGAGGGCAAGAGCCAGAGUCUCAUACUGCUGACGGGAUUAGAGCCAGAAGACAAGGAUGAUUCACACAGUAAGAAACAUGCGUCUGAGAGCACACCUAGUUUUGAACAGAGGCUUCAGGUGAUGCUGCACAGAAUGGGAGUGGCCAAAACUCCACCUGCUGACACAAAGGCAAGCCAGAAUAAAGAUGAGGAGCUGAGAAAGGCCAAUUCUGAAGGCGCUAUCCUGGACAAACCUGAACCACCUCCAACAUACAUGAAGCCCAGAACCAUGUCCACUUCAUCAGCAGACCCCAGGCAUCCUAUGAGAGCACUGGACCCCAUCCAACCGGACCCUCCCCUCCACCUGAAGCCCGCCCUCCCUGAGCGUCCCAUUGGUCCCCUUCCACCCAAACCUGCCAUCGUAGCCAAGCCUCCUCUCCCCACUCCGACUGCUCCUGCAGGAGGAGGAGCUCGUCCCUCCUCUGCUCCUCCUUCCAGCAGCUCAGCAGACAGAGUGCAGCUCAGAGCACACGCUCAUGAUGACAGGCCAGGGGAGACCACAGCACAGAAUGGAAGUCAACAGGGUCUCAGGAGUCCAGCCGCAGCUUCAUCGCCCAGGAAAGAGCUGCAUCCUCCAGCCCCGUCUCCAUGGAGGGGUCCCAGCACACAGGAUCGCUCUGAGAAAGCACAAUCAGUGACCGACGAGAGUCUUCCUAAGCCACGCCAACACAUGAAGCCCCUUCCACAACGCCGGGCUGUGUCCGUCCACGAGGACGCUCUGGCCAUGACACAAGAGCUGAAGGCAGUGUUGCAAAGGUCACCUAUCCGUUUCCGGGGCAACAGAGGGGAUCUGCCUACCUGCACUGAAGAUCCGUCCAGUGGGGAGGAAGCACAAAGAGCUCAAGAGGCCAGCGACACAGGGAAACAGACAGCUGAAGAAAAGGAGGCUGUGCAGAAGGAGGAGCUGAAGGCAGAGAGAGGAAGGACGGGCUGCGGAGGGACAGUAGCUGAAACCAAGCACCACCCUCCAGGAGAGGAUGAAACCCCUGGCUCAGGGUGUCCCUCCUCGACAGCUCAGGCUCAACAAGAAGCAUCGGCUCCCCGUCUCUUCAGUCCAGCUAAAGCCCUCGACAAAGCUCCGCCCAUCCCAGAGAGGCCUCCGGCACAAACCCAAACCCUGGAAAAGCCUCCUGUAACUCCCACAACCCAGAAAAAGAGCCCCAGCACAGCCCCACCAUUUCCCCAAACUCUAGAAAAACUGCUGGUGUCCCCAUCACCCCAAGAAAAGAUGCCCAGCACAAUCCCAGCUGCAUCUGCGUCCCCAGAAAACCCCCAAGUGAGUCCUCUGCCCCACAAGGAGAAGGGCGCCGACACAGCACCAGCCACAGUGGAUCUGAGGAACAGCAUGCAGGAGAGAGGAGAGGCGGUCUCUAAACAGCACACAACGAAGGCAGAGCCAGCAGACCAAAGAACUGAGCCCCCUCUCUCUGAAUAAUACACACAGACUGACGCACCUGAGGAGAAAGGACACACCUGGGGGAGAGGGGAGGGAGGGUCCGUGACAUCGCUGUGAUCAGGAACUGGGAGGGGAUAUGAGCUCUGAGAGUGGUGUGAAUAUUGUACCCUUAAAUGGAGAACAGCUGCAGUGUGCGGCUAACAUCUGUACAGCUGGUUUAUCGGCUGUUUGGCGUGAAUGUGCACAGAGCGCACAGAUGAUCCAGUGGUCAAAUUCAUGCGUGUUCAGAGCAAUAGGAGUUUUGACAUUGACAACUUACCAAACUUCAUCUGCUGCUCAUAACCUGUCUGAGGGCAGCAUCCUGAACUCCCUGUAUGAGUCGAUUUGAAGUGUCCAGUCACACUUUUUAGUGUGUGUGUGUGUGUGUGUGAGGCUUGUAUUAUUUGUUUGAAUUCGACCGCUGGGGUGGUUUUGCCGUCUGUGCUUAUUUACCCAAAACAGCAAACGUACAGCUGUUAGCUGCAGCUAGCCAGCAACACUGACUGUGUGCCUGUCUGUGUGUGUCGACAGCUCAUCCCGACUGAUGUCAGAAAUAACCAGGAUACCUGUUAUUUUGCUCCAGACUCACUAUUUUCUGCAGGAUAAGCGGCCGUUUUUUUUUUUGUUCAAGUUGAAACAUUUCUAACUCAUUUCUCUGCCUCAGUUCGCACCACCCAGGGCAAAUCUGCAUCCACUUGCAUCUUUGCAAUGAAUAUGCAACCGAGCCGCCUCUAAGAUUCACUUUGCAUUCAGUCUGAGCGCACCUUUAAGCGGGGUCCCUCCGAGGAGGCCGUGUCUGAAAUGGGACACGGAUAGCAUCAGCUGAAUGAGUAAACUGACAAGAGCGUCAGCUGGGUGGAUGCGAAAACUUUAUUGUCCACAAAAGGAUGUUAGCUGUUUGGGAGAGAGGGUUUUUUUUGUCCCAAACCAAUCACUGUGACAUCCAUCCACUCAUCUUUUUUCAGGCAAGACAGAGGCUCUGUUAGCAUUAGCAAAUAUCAGUUUAUAUUGGUUUUAUCACAUCCGUCAAAGUAAUCUGUUUUGUGACAUGUCAAGCACGUUUAUUUAACUACUUGCUACUGCUGAGGUCCUGCAGUUUACAUCACGGUCUGAAAUACGCUCUCUGUCCUGCGAGCACAGAGAUGCAUAAAUGCUGACUGCUGAGGUAGAUGCGCACAUCACAUGAGACACGAACAUUUCCGCUGUGCCAGACACACAUCGUGCAAACUGCACGGAUAGAAGAGGCACAGCACCGAACCCAUUUCCUUUCAAUAAAUGACAUGGAAAGAUGAAGAAAAAAAAUUAACAAGUAAAACUGGCAUGUUCAGGGAAGUCUGGUACAGUUAGACCAUAAGAACGCACCGUUAUUGGUUUGAAGUUGAGAGCCCACAGAGUUCACAAGGCUUUGUUGUCAUGAUUUUAUACACAGUGAGUUGGUAGUCAAGGGUGAUUGUACUCUACAAGUCCACAUACAAGUAUACCUUUACCUUUGUAUCAUUGUAUCUGUGGUCAAAUCAAGCAUGUAGCAGGAUUUGGUGUUUGCCGUAGUCACAAUAGUUAACUAAGAACAGAUGGGGCUCGUUGUGUGGGAUGAACCUGAAGCCGUCAGGAGCCACUCGUUUUAUUAUUAUACGAUUGUAGUCGUCGUUUCUUUCUGUCAUUACUUCAGCAGUGUAGGGGGGCUGUUCAGCAGGUCACUGGAUCCAGCUGUUGCCAGUAUGAACACAUUUUUAUUUAUACUAUUUAUACAACUGGAAACUGACAAACAAUGAAUGAGCCACUGUCGUUUGUGGACUCGUUCCAUUGCUUCCGUCCAUCAAUAUGGCCCAUGGUGCUAGAUGUAACAUCGCUGCAGGACCUCAGUGGUGUGCAGUGACAGCCCCUUGUCAUUGUGCUCUCCCAGCUCUGUUUCUUCUGCUUCUUCGUCCUCAAUGAAAACCGUCAAGGAAGAAAGCAACAACACGCUUUGAAUCCCGUUUCCUCAUGUACAGGAGGGGCUAACCGAUGAAUUCAAGGCUUUUCAAAACCAACAGGUAGAGCAGCAGAACGGUUUUUAAGCUUUUGAGGAAAUGCCUCCUGUGUGGUGUUCUUUAAGGGCUGAUAUCUCAGUCAGUCCUCUUACAACAGUCUCAAUAGCUGCGUCAGUCUCAUCGGUACUGGUAAACAUAUUCUGCCUCUGGCACAGUUAGAUGGUUAUUCCAACUGAUUUGGUUGUAUUUCCAGCUGAGGAAACAUCCGAUCAGCAGAACAGCACCAGACCAUUGAAUCGCUCAGUAAAAUUUCAACUGUGGUUGAUAACAUGGUUUGGAACCAGGCUAAAAUUAAGCUACACAAAGCUUAAGGUUUUGCCUUAAUUUGAUGUUGAUGUUGUUGGUUUUUUUAUGAUACCUCCCAGUUUUUCUUACAAAUUCCACUCUUGCUGGAAGAGAGGUGAGGUGGCUCCCAAUAUCUUGAAAAAAAACAUUUACAAUGAAAGAAAAUCUGGUUUCUGGUUAUUUUCUCACAAUUAUAUAUUGAUAUUAUAUAUUUAUACAUUGAAAACUAUGUCAAAUCCAUUUUCUUCAUACUAUUUCUAAGUCCCGUCAUGCCUUCCAAGUGGGAAAACAGUCCAAACCUUUUUGUUCCUCACAGUAUUUCUUUUGCCUUGUUAAGAAGGCGUCUGGAAACUCUAGAUUAACAAACAGGACACUACUGUUCUGCAUGUUUCUGCAUAUUUCUGUGGAAUCACAUCAGUAUGUGACAGUCAAAUCAAUUCAUUUUCCAUUAGACAAACAUAUAUGUAAUCACCAUGUCCAUCAUAUCACAGGAGAAACAGAUAAGAUUAUAGUAAAAGACCAAUAUAUGAUCAUAUAUUUUGUGAGAUACCAACACGAGUGUAUUCAGUCUAUCAAACUCUCAGGGUGGUUGUGGAGAAUGGUGUGUGUUUUGUAAGAGCAGACCUCAGUUCAGCUCCCUGUGCUGUCAGCAACCUGAGCCUCCGUCUCAUCCGAGGGGAGAAUUUAUUUUCUACAGUCAUGUUUAUCUUUGCCUUGCACGCACAGAAUAUGUACAAAACUACAUAAAGCAAACAAAAACAAAGUUAUGAACAGAGUGUAAAUCCAUACCUAUACUUGUUAAUAAUAAUUAAAAUUAUGAGUUGUGUCAUAAAUUUGUGCUCUCUUGUUUUUAUUUGGGCUCUGUUGUUAAUUGCCUUCCGUCUGCAAUUAGGAGCUUUGUCAGGAGAGAAUAAUUGUGAUGUUGCCAUAGUGAUGCAGUGAGGGUUACAUCAGUUUAGGCUUCAAAUUAGUGAGGAAAAGCCAGCAUUAGACA